UUUGUAUAAAAGGGAUAAAAACAUGGGAACACUAUGGUCAACAUUGCUCUUCAAACUCCUUAGCUUGCCAAUCAAGAUUUUUCUUGUUCUGAACAUACUCUUUCAGCCAUGUCUUCCAGUUUUUCUUUGCUGUCCCCUAGACAUCCCCUGCAUUUUCCUGCCUCUCUUAUUUUAGCUCAGACCGUUUUGUCUCCUUGAAAUAUCCUUUUUCCCUUUCCUAACUCAAACUGGUUCCUCCAUCAUUCUCCCCCACCAGUUUCUCUCCUUUGUGCACUACAGCCCCUUGUGACGUGGGACCUGUUGCAAAUAUGUAAAAGCAUUUUAUAAACCGUGAAGCGCCAUGCAGACUUACCUUGUUCUCUCUCCCCCGUGAACUGCAAGCUCAUUGAGGACAGGCACUGAGCCUUUUUCAUAUUCAUAUGCAUCAGACUACUUAUGUGCCUUGCACAUAUUUGAUAUUUAUUAAAGUUUGAAUGAAUUAGGGAUAUGUGAGUCUGUGGUAGAUUAAAUAAUGCUGUGUCUAAGAUGGGCAUGUUAUACACCAAGUUCUGUUUUGUAGCUAUUAAAUUUAUGCUGAAAUUCUGCUUCUUUGCAAUCUCCUGUAAAAGUAGACUCCUUAAUUUGGACCCUUCACUGAUUCGCAUCUUGUUUUUUUCUUCAUAGCAUACAUACCUGUGUAAAUCAAUAACUGUAGGUUGCGGCGUGGUGUAUUGGGAUGCUUUCAACUGUAGUAGCAGAGUAUCCGGUUAAACAAUGAGGGUUUUAUCAUCUCGGGUAACAGACAUGUGGGACAUGUGGAUUUGGGAUAUGAAUUCAUUUGAAAAACCACUUUGGGGUUAUGAACGUGAUUUCUGAUGAAACUGGAUUGGAAUAGUUUUCAUGAUCUUUGCAUAUUUAUGUGUAUAUAUAUAUAUAUUUUAAAAUUUUGCAUUUGACUUAAAGUGCCAUGAGAAAAUUUGCAUAUUGCAAGGUGGUCCUAGCCACCUCCUUGAUUUGGGUACUCUUGGAUAUGUUCCUGCUGCUCUACUUCAGUGAAUGCAACAAAUGUGAUGAAAAAAAGGAGCGAGGACUUCCUGCUGGGGAUGUUCUAGAGCCAGUACAAAAGCCUCAUGAAGGUCCUGGAGAAAUGGGGAAACCAGUUGUCAUUCCUAAAGAGGAUCAAGAAAAGAUGAAAGAGAUGUUUAAAAUCAAUCAGUUCAAUUUAAUGGCAAGUGAGAUGAUUGCACUCAACAGAUCGUUACCAGAUGUUAGGUUAGAAGGGUGUAAAACAAAGGUGUAUCCAGAUAAUCUUCCUACAACAAGUGUGGUGAUUGUUUUCCACAAUGAGGCUUGGAGCACACUUCUGCGAACUGUCCAUAGUGUCAUUAAUCGCUCACCAAGACACAUGCUAGAAGAAAUUGUUCUAGUAGAUGAUGCCAGUGAAAGAGACUUUCUGAAAAGACCUCUAGAGAGUUAUGUGAAAAAAUUAAAAGUACCAGUUCAUGUAAUUCGAAUGGAACAACGUUCUGGAUUGAUCAGAGCUAGAUUAAAAGGAGCUGCUGUGUCUAAAGGCCAGGUGAUCACCUUCUUAGAUGCUCACUGUGAAUGUACAGUGGGAUGGCUGGAGCCUCUCUUAGCCAGGAUCAAACAUGACAGGAAAACAGUGGUAUGUCCUAUCAUUGAUGUGAUCAGCGAUGAUACUUUUGAGUACAUGGCAGGCUCUGAUAUGACCUAUGGUGGCUUCAACUGGAAGCUCAAUUUUCGAUGGUAUCCUGUUCCCCAAAGAGAAAUGGACAGAAGGAAAGGUGAUCGGACUCUUCCUGUCAGAACACCUACAAUGGCAGGAGGCCUGUUUUCAAUAGACAGAGAUUACUUCCAGGAGAUUGGAACAUAUGAUGCUGGAAUGGAUAUUUGGGGAGGAGAAAACCUAGAGAUUUCCUUUAGGAUCUGGCAGUGUGGAGGAACUUUGGAGAUUGUUACCUGCUCACAUGUCGGACAUGUAUUUCGGAAAGCCACACCUUACACAUUUCCUGGAGGCACAGGACAGAUUAUCAAUAAAAAUAACAGGCGACUUGCAGAAGUGUGGAUGGAUGAGUUCAAGAAUUUCUUCUAUAUAAUUUCUCCAGGUGUUACAAAGGUAGAUUAUGGAGAUAUAUCAUCAAGACUUGGCCUAAGACACAAACUACAAUGCAGACCUUUCUCUUGGUACCUGGAGAAUAUUUAUCCUGAUUCCCAAAUUCCACGUCACUAUUUCUCUUUGGGAGAGAUAAGAAAUGUGGAAACAAAUCAGUGUCUAGAUAACAUGGCUAGAAAAGAGAAUGAAAAAGUUGGAAUUUUUAACUGUCACGGUAUGGGAGGUAACCAGGUUUUCUCUUAUACUGCCAACAAAGAAAUUAGAACAGAUGACCUUUGCUUGGAUGUCUCCAAACUUAAUGGCCCAGUCACAAUGCUCAAAUGCCACCACCUAAAAGGCAACCAGCUUUGGGAGUAUGACCCAGUGAAAUUAACCCUGCAGCAUGUGAACAGUAAUCAGUGCCUGGAUAAAGCCACAGAAGAGGACAGCCAGGUGCCCAGCAUAAGAGACUGCAAUGGAAGCCGGUCCCAGCAGUGGCUUCUUCGAAACGUCACCCUUCCAGAAAUAUUCUGAGACCAAAUUUACAAAAAAGGAAAAAGAAGAAAAAAAAAUAAGGAUUGACUGGGCUACCUCAGCAUACAUUUCUGCCACAUUCUUAAGUAGCAAAAAAGGAAAAGUGCUUUCCUCCUGUGGGGAUGUAAGGUUUAUCAGCCAUUGAAACUUAGACUCCUCUCGCUUUUCACUAGCUGUGAACCAGCCUUCUUGUCCAAGGACGUGAAACUACAGAGUAGCAAGACUGCGCACACUGAUGUUUACACGAUGGAAAGAGUCUUUCAUCAAGAAUCAUUGUAAAGAAUAUUCAGGCAGUGAAGCAGUCAACAAACGUGCUUUCCGGGGAGCUGCACCUUUCAUGGUUUGCUUGCACAUCAGUAACUUUCACUGAAUGUGCUGUCCUAAUGAAGAGAUUUCUAAGAUUUUUUUUUCUGAUUAGGACUGGUAACCAGUAUAUUAAAUAUUGAUAGAAAAAUAAGUGAAAAAGAACUGGAACCAGUUUCAGAAUCAUGAAAACAACAUUUUUACAAUUUAAGAAAAAACUAUAUUAAACAGGGUUUAAAGGAAAUUAAAACAGAACUAUGAGAAGUACAAUUUGUUAUAGUAUAGUAUCAAAUUUCUAUAUAGAUUUUAUACCUCAGUGGGGAAAAAUAAUGGAUUCCAGUGACAUUUUGUUUUCAUCUGUGAUAGUCAUGGAUGCUUUUUUUCCUUGGGGUGCUGAAAUUGAGCUAAAAAAAAAAAAAAUGGCUCUUUGAACGUAGUUUUAAUUGCUUUCUUCAAUUUUGUUUUAUUUGGUUUAUGGGCUGUUUAAAUUGUAAUUUCUAAUUGCCUUCAAAGAAUGAAGAUUUAACAAUGUCUGGUCUCACUGAACAGGUUAGAUCUCUCAGUUGCUCUUGGGUCAACUGGCUAUUGACUUUCACACACACAAAAUUUCCUAUUAGAGUUUGAACUUCUUAACUUGAUUCAGCUAAUUAUGCUUAAUACCCAAGAUUCAUACUACUGUACUACAGAUUUGUUUUCACAGCAAUAAAUCUUCAGUUCUUUAUGAUUCCACUCAACAAAAGGCCUGCAGAAGUGAUUAUUUGGGUAUUUGGAGAGGAUCCAUUUGAUGAUUUUUUGGAAAACUUUUUUCACUCCAUACUCAGAUGUGCUUUAUUGUCAGGUGCAUAGAUUAGAUUCUUGUAAUGGUGAUCUUUUUUUUUUUUUUUAAUUUGAAAAUGUUUGACUUUUUUUUUUUAAUGAGUUAACCAAAGAAGUGCAGCUACUCUUAUAUAUUAGUCCUGCAUUUCUUCCCUAAAUUCUAUUUAGAUUAAAUCAGUUUUUUCCUCUAAUUUUUAAUACCACAGUAUAACUUCAGAAUCGAUUAAAAGUUGAGUAUAACAAUUAGUGUUUUAAUUUCAUAGAAGAUCUCAUUGUGACAUCUUUCCUGAUAUGUAAAGCAGUCCAUUGGCAAAAGUGCUUGUAUUUUCUUAUUUGUAAGAAUAUAUUUAGUGAUAUUCUUUUCUUUGAUUAUCAAAGACUCUCACUGCAGGCAGUGCUAGUUCUUGUGCCUAAGAAUGUUUCUGAAAGUUGCAUCACUAAUGGCUACUUGCCAAGUUGAGUGUAUAGAAAGUUUCUCAUCUCCUAUUCAGGUUAAUCAGCAUCAAACACAUAUGGAUGGUUUAGAGUGAGACUGUAGUACAGAAUGCACACAUUUUGUCCCCAGGAAAUUUGCAGUGAAGCAGGUGCUGGAUGGGUUGUUUGUGUGUGUGUGUGUGUGUGUGUGUGUGUGUGUGUGUGUGUUUUCCUACUCCAUGAGCUCUGUUAAUUCUGUCUUCAGUAGGCCUAAUGUUCGAAUAAACCAGAUGUCUAAUAAAUUAUUUUCAUGCUCAGAAUUUCAGGUUUUUGUACUCUAGUAUAGCUUGGUCUUAUUCCUUAUUGUAAGAAAGCUUAAAUAGCAAUGUGAUUCAAGGUUUUGUUUUGUUUUUUAAGAGGGGGAUGUGAGUGAUUUAAUUCAUGGGUACUUUUAGAACCUGAUAGAUAAUCCCGUUGCCUUUAUUUUUCUAAUUAAAGAAUUCAUAAAUACUUUGAAAAUAUAAAAUAUUCCUGAAUAGUUGUGCCUUACAUUGGUUUUAUUUGAAGUUAAAAUGGAUCCCUAAUCAUUACAGCUAUUUGUAGAUCAGGCCGUAUGCUAAUCGCUCUAAGUCAAAUUGGGAAGAAAAGAAUGAAUCAAAAAGAAAGCAAAGGAUGAAAAGAGGGGAUUAUUUGACCAGUGAAGAAUUCACCAAUGUGACAAGAAUAAUCUGAAUCUUCAAAUUUAUUCACCUUCCUCCCAUCCCAAUCCAUUUUAAUGUCUUUCUGUUCUGAUUGGCACCCUGAAAAUAUAAGUGAAGGGCAGCAUGUAGGACAUGUCCUCAUUUCCCUAUUCUACAUUUAGCUGAGAAACAGAAAUUCCUCUGUAAAGAUCUGGUGCUCUCCCCAUCUUUCAAGAAGCACACCAAGAGUAAAUUGAACUCAGAAUUACAUGUUCUUUUAAGGAGAAAGAAAAUCAGAAGGUAGGGUUUCUUAGGUGGUAACUGUGAGCAGAGGUAUACAAAGAGUGAACCAUUUUUUUACUCUGGAAAAUUAGAUGUUUUCAAUUAUGCAACACUUCUCCCAUUGUCUGACUUCCUGAAGAUAAAGAAUUUGCUUGAUCCACCAAAAAACUAAUAAUUUUGCAGGAAAUGAGGCAAAACUCUGCUGUAUUGACUAUACAUAGCAACAAUUAAAAAUUAAAUUUUAAAAUUACCAUCUGUGAUCACAUCAAAUAAGUCAAAUAUCUAAAAUGUUAACAAGAGAUACGUAAGACUUCUAUCCCGAAAACUACAAAAUGUUGCUGAAAGUAUAUAGAACACUGCAAUAAAUAUGUUCAUGAAUUGAAAGGCUGCAUAAUAUCAAGAUCUGUUUCCCACAAAUUGAUUUACAGAAAUCAAUUCAAAUUUCAGUGAAAAAACAAUCCUUCCCCUGAGGCUUUCUUGUAGAAAUUUGCAGAUAUAUAUGGAAAUCCAACAGACCCAGAACAACCAAGAUAGUCCUGAAGGAGGGGGCAAAUGUUGGAAGACUUAACACUACUCAAUUUCAUGACUUGCUUUAAAAUUACAGUAAUUAAGAGAGUGGUACUAGGGUUCAGGACUAAUGGAUCAGUGGAUAGAAGAGAAUUGGGAAGCAGACUCGUAUAUGGUCAUUGGCUUUUCAACAAAAAAAACACAA